CACCUGAGCUUGGAAUCCGAGCAAAUACCUCAAUUUCCGCACGUUUUACUCCGAACCCUAUACUAACUUAAUCUUCGGAGGCGGACCACCGACUAUCUGGCGAUCCGUUUGUUUUAUAGGUACAGGCGACCUUGUGAAUCCAGUCUUGAGCUGUAACUCUCCGAAGGGAAAAGACCCCGAACAGAAUCCAUAUUAGCCCAAAAGAUGAUUCGGGUGGAAUAAAAGAACUAAAAAAAAAAAAACUAAAUCAAACCAAUUAUAAUUACUCGGUAAAAAAUUCAUUAUAAAAAAUUUAGAGUUUGAUUUGGUCAUUUUAUUGUGUUGGUGAGUACUGAAUACGGUAUAAGUCUAAAAAUGGCGUGUUGUCCAAGUAUAAGUCUUACAUUAGAGUUCCCUCCUAAUCCUAUCACUCUCAAUCCCAGUCACUCACUACGGAGUACUCUCUAUUUCUGUACAUUGUCUUUUAGAACUCAACUACCAUGUUUUUGAUUGCGACUACACUUUUUCUUUUCUUUUUUUUUAAAAUAAACUCAAAAUUACAAUAACUUCAUAGCUCCAUUUUCUCAAUUUCAAUUUUCCAAAUUUUCUCUCCGCUCCUUUUCUCUUCCACUCUAAUUUUCGUUUGCUAUUCUACUACCAAGCUAAGCUAAUUAAGGGCAAGGACCUCUUCAAUUUUGGUGGUGAUGGAAGUCGGAGUUACGAAGAAGACGAUGAUGAAGCGGUGGAAAACAGUCGAUGGAAGUGGAGGUGCAACAAUUCAGAUGGAGUUACGACAGCCAUCGUGUUGUACAAGGCCGGCGUGGCUACUGACCACCCUUGCUGAUUUAGACCAGAAGAUAAGCAUUUUAGUGCAUAGCUCUAGUAAUGACAAUGAUGAAGGCCGAGCAGACACCUUCGCGCAAAGAGCAGAGGCUUAUUACCAGCAACGCCCCCAGCUGUUAUCUCUCCUCUUAGACCUCUACAACGCCUACCUUUCGUUGGCUGAACGUUACUGUCAAUCUCUACACAAGCAUCAUAAUCAAGCUCAUCCCUCUAUUUAUCACCACAGGGCGUUUUCCACCUCCGAUAAUGUAUCAGUCGUUUCAUCUUUCCAUGACAAUCACAGUGAAGAAGCCUGUCAAUCAGAUGCCGAAAGCUCACUGUCCUACCAAUUACCAUCUGUAACAUCAGUUACAGCGAGUUCACAGUAUAACAAUCUUAGUGACGAUAUCAUAGCAGAGUUGGUCAUCAAGAAUGUGGAAUAUGAUUUUAUGGUUGAUGAGCUUGUGAUAACCAAAAGGCUAGCCAAUGAUUCAUCGAGGAAGGUAGAGCUACAGAGGAGUCUACUAGAGGUGCUGGAAUCUGAGAGGCUAAUUCUCCUGAACGAAAAUGCAGGACUGAGGUACAAAGUGGGUGCUCUAAUCGACGAGAACAAAGGACUAGCAUCGGAGUCCAUGUUCAUGAAGAGGAAGGCAGGAGAAUUAGCUAGGUGUGUAUUAAAGAUGAGGGAGGAUCAUCGAGUCUGCAUGCUUAGCCGUAAAAUUGAGGAGCUUCAAGGGAAGAUUUACGGAUUAGAGAGGAGAAAUCGAGAGUAUUAUCAGCAGUUGGUGAAGCAAGAGAAGACACAAUGCUCGUCGUGCAAAGAAACUGGUAACACAAGUAUGGGCGAGGUGCUGAAAACCAAAGAUGUAGAGGCUGUUAGCACAGAAGCUUGCUUUCAAGAGGACAAAGAAAGAAACAUAUAUAAGAAAGGGGUCAGAAUCUCAAAGUUUUGGGAGAAGGUUAAGAAUUCUGAUUUGUUAUUUCUUUGCAAACCACAUCCAUCUAGAUCUAUUGGGCGUUGAUUAAGGAUAUUUUCGUUCUCGAAAACACUAAUUAAGCUAGUUAGGCUACUAGAAACACCAUGAGUUUUUAACCUUUCAAAUCUGAAUUAUGAUUGUAUGCUGGUAUGAGAUUUUGAUGUUACUUUGUAUCAUUUUGUGAGUAAGAUGAUUUAAGUACCUAGUAUCAGGUAUUUUGUAAAAAUAACUGCAACAAUUUUGUGUAAUUACUAUAAUUUUUAAUUUUUUAUCAUACCUUUUUUUUUUUUAAUUGCAACCUUAAUCUUCAUGCUUAUUCAUGCACUUCUCAUACUGGCAUACUGCU